ACCGCGACUCUGUUUAUUGAAUCUUGAUUGAAAGAAGAAUCUGAUUUCUUUUUGACCCAAAUCCCAAGCCCUAAAAAAUUCCUAAUCUCUCAAUCAAAAUCAACACAAAGUGUGGAGAAAAUCAAGGGACCAAUUUUAUAAUCUGAAAAAUUAUUUCUUUCUGUACGGACGACAUCUCUAAACUCAUCCUGCAACUAUGACUGAGUAUUGGGUUAGUCAGGCUAAAAAGUGGUGUGACUUGUGCAAAAUCUACAUAUCGAGUAAUCCUUCCAGUAUCAAGAACCAUGAGCUUGGCCAAAAGCACAAAGAUAAUGUUACCAAGAGACUCUCUAACAUGAGAGAAGAAAAACUUGCCAAAGAUAAAAAGGAAAAGGAAACAACCCGUGUUUUAUUACAAAUUGAAGAGAAAGCAAGUCGUAGUUAUCAGAAGGACGUAUCAACUUUUCAGAAGACUAGGGAUUCCAAUGCAAAUGGGGAAGGGAUAGGCUCUACAUCAGGAGAAUGGGAGCAUGACACCGCGUCAGGUUAUUACUAUAAUAAGAGUAACGGUUGUUACCAUGAUCCAAACUCUGGAUUCUACUACACUGAUGCAUUAGGUAAGUGGGUGACACAGGAAGAGGCGUUUGCUGCUGCAGCCAAAGUUCCUUCUGGGCUAAUACAAAAGAAACCCAUUUUUGCUACAGCGUCUUUGACUUCAAAAGGUCAAGCUGACUCUACGACUAAAAAGUCAGCUGUAAAUCCCACACGAUCUGUUAACAAGCCAUCAUCUAUUGCUAUAAACAAAAGAAAACGACAAGAUACCAAGCCAAAGGCUGUGUCUGAUGAGGAAGCAGCUGCACUCAAGGCAAGGGAGGCGGCAAGAAAGAGAGUCGAGGAGCGAGAGAAAUCUUCACUGGGUCUUUAUAAGCACUGAUAUGUUGAACUGGGAAUUGUGGUGAGAAUUUAGAGGGUUUGCAGACGUGGAACCUGAUGAAGCAGAAGUGUUAGUCAUAGAUUCAUUCAAAAUCUUGAAACUAUAAUUGAAGAUGAGACAUGUAUAAUGAAUUUGUAUCAUUAGUUCACACUGUUUCAGUAAUCUGCAAUCAUUUCUUCCUCUC